GCCACCAAACUGCUGUGGGGGCAGGAAAUCUCUCUAGUGCCCCCGGCUGCUGGAGGCCAACGAGAGAGAGCAUCAAUGGGAGGCUGUUGCCUGUGAUACCUGCCUGGGAAAAGGGCUGCAAAGGCAGGUCCCUGGAAGUGGUGGGGAGCAGGGGGAGGUGCAGAAGAAUGGGCUGGAUGGCGGUUUCCUGACCCCAGAGCACUGGCCAGCCGUGGGCACUGAGCACCAGACAGAAGACCCAGCCCGGCUACCUCCAGCAAUGGGACAGUCCCAGGAGAACCUGGGCAGGUGGCCCCCGGACUGGAGAUGGCUCCACAGGGCAGGCCUGAGUCACAGCAUUGAGACACAGCACUCCUCCCGAUGGCUAUGGUCCAGCAAGGACCUGAUCUCAGCUAAGCCACGUAAGCAGUGGGGGGGGGAGGCAAGGGUCUGUGAGCUUCUGCUUUCACUUUCCCGUGCUUCAGAAUUUUAAACAGGAAAAUGCUGGGGACAGAAGAUAAGGGCUCAGGGGUGCCGUGGCUUCUUGAGGCACAUGUCUGGCGGUCUGGCAGAAAUCACACCCCAAACCCAUGGGGAGGCUCCAGCUGGGUAUAUAACUCGCUGCCUUGAAGCCAGGGGCUGUCUGCUCCGCUGGCUGGAGGCUGAACUGGACUGUCCCAACCCAGAGCAUCUGUGGGGCAGGAUCAUGGUGGGGCUCUACUCCCAGCUGGCCAUGCUGCUGCUGGUACUGGCGUCCCCAGUGCACGGUGCAGAGGAGAGUCAAGACCAGCCAGUGUUCAGCCAUAUCAUAGCAGGGCAGGAUGCGCAGGAGGGUCGAUGGCCCUGGCAGGUCAGUGUGCAGCGAUAUAUUGACAAAAAAAGUGACUACCUCCACAUCUGUGGAGGAUCCCUCAUCUCAGCCCAGUGGGUGGUAUCAGCCGCUCACUGCUUCAUUCGCUCUCUGACCUGUUCCCAGUACCGUUUGGUGCUAGGGGCACACCAGCUCCUCAACCCCUCCCCGAAUCAGAUCCUGGUCCAGGUGAAGCAGAUCAUCCUCCACCCCAGUUACAAUAGGAAGAGCAAAGUUGCUGACAUCGCCUUGGUGAGGCUGGAGAAGCCAGUGAAACCCACGAAGUUCAUCCGGCCCAUCUCCCUGCCGAGGCCCUCCUUGCAGUUCCCCGAGAAGAAGAAGUGUUGGGUCACCGGCUGGGGAAACGUUGAAGUGACCAAGCCUCUCCCAAGACCCAAGACCCUGCAGGAGUUGGAGAUUCCCAUCAUCAAAACAGCAGACUGCAACGAUCGUUACAAGAUACUGACUCUACACUCACAUCUGGGACCAGAUGUAGUCAAACCCAGCAUGAUCUGUGCUGGGUACAUGAACAGCAACAAGGGAUUCUGCAAAGGCGACUCUGGCGGGCCUCUGGCCUGUCAGCAGGACGGCACCUGGUACCUGGCUGGAAUCGUGAGCUGGUUUAUUACCAGAAAUGUGUGUGGAAUCAUCUGUGCUGACUGCAGGUUCCCCGGGGUCUUCACCCGGGUGACGGCCUAUGACAGCUGGAUACAGAGACACGUGAACGGCAUGGGCCCUCUGCCAGCGUUUCUCCAGCCGCGCUGAUACUCGCCGCCCGCCUCCUCACUGCCCUGUGAGCCACGCACGGACCUCCCCUGGCACUGCCAGGCCAGCCCCUCUCCGGAUGUCUAUAGACCCUCCCUUGACACUGGGUUUGGGCCCCGUGUUGCUGGGGUCUGUGGGACGCGGCUGGGAGAGGCUGGUGGAUGGAAGCACAGGGGCACUAUGCGGAAGGCGAGGGUAGAGGUUGGGGGGUUAUAUCCUGCCUUUCCUACAGCUCUGCAGCACCCCCUGGAGGUGACUGGGAAGCCGACGGGGAAGGGCCCCGCAGCCGCUUUGAUCCCAUGACUUGUGCUCUGAAAAUCUUCAAUAAAUCAGCUUUGCAAACUC